ACUGGAUGUCCGGAAGUAGACCGUGCGUGUGUUUGUGUGUGGAGCAGGUUGGCGUGAUCGCAGUCUCUACCCGGUUUGUUUUUGUUCUCUUAACAAAGUGAGAGUCACGGAGCAGCGGUCGGCUCAGCAAGUGGAGGACGGACACCGUCGUUACGUCUUUGUUUGUGUUUACAAUAGCCCUGUUUCUGUUUUAACACCACAAAAUGGGUCCCGGUUAAGGAUUAUUUUGGAAAUAAAGAAGAAUUCAAUUUUUAGGGGGCGAGCUGAUGCGGCUCAGGGGCGAUCGGCGGCCCGCUGCCGUGUGUGAAGCCUCGGGCUGAAUUAGCUGCAGUCGCCGCGGCUCCGCUAACGGAGGAAAGGACACGCCGUUGCGACUCCUUAUUACAGAAAAACAACGAAACAAAUCUCCCUCUGAUUCUCUUCUGGGAGUGCUCUCACUUGAAACGCCGCCAAGAUAGCUGGACCGGGCAGGAAACGGCACAGCUCAGAUCCAGACCCCUGUGGAAGCAGCUCCGGGAGCGAGGUAGGAGACAGCCGACCCAUUAGCGGCAAGUGGCUGAAGAUGGCCAGCAGCAGUACAGGCCCCAGCGAAUCGGGCCGGAGGCGAGGUCAGAGAGGACCUGACGAUGCGGUCAGCACCAGUAAGAAGAAGCAGAAGGACAGAGCCAACCAGGAGAGCAAGGAGGCCAAGCGGGCCGUCUCAGCCACCAGCUCAGAGACUAGAAAAGAUUUGUUUGUGGACUGGAAGCAGAAUGCUCACGAGGUGAUAGUGAGGCUGAACUGUGAAGAUGCUGGGGUGCUGAGAGUGGGAGAUAUUGACUAUGCCUUUUCCGAUUCGGCCUGCCACAUCCGCCUGCCGGAUGGUCGUGAAUGGAGCUGCCAUCUUCAUGAAGAGAUUGAAGCCUCCUGCAGUAAACUGCUUUAUAAGGAGAAAACAAAUGUUCUGCAGAUUGUCAUGCACAAGAAGAUCCCCCUCAACACAUGGCCCACCUUUGCUAACAAAAAAAGACAGAAAUGGUAAACAUCCUUAGAGAGAAUGGCAGCAACCACCACCAGUCAACCACAGGGCAGUCUGAAAAAUCUGGCGAGAUCAUUGAGAAAAUGCCCACAGCGACCUCUGCUGAGCAGAAACGAGGUAAACCUGACCGAGGGUUGAAGCGAGGGAUGAAAGGCAAACAGGUGGAGCUCAUCGAGAGCACAGGUGUGAAGGUAGCUGAGAUUAAAUCAAGUGAUAAAGCAGACGCGAUCAAUGAGCCCAGCACAAAGCGCACCACACAAGUCUCCAGAAACAAAAAGGAGCCCCAACUAGCUCCCUGCUUGACAAAGGAGACUCAAUCCAAACCAGCAGUUAAUGGAAAAACACAUUCAUUAGCUGUGAGCAGCGGUGCCUCUUCAGCUAGUAAUGCAAAAGACAACAGGGUUCAGAUGCAGGUCAAAGGUCAAGGAUGCCAGGCAUCAUCAAGAGAAAAAGAGGUGGACAGGAGGCCAAAAAUCAAUGAUCAGGUUGAGGAAAAUGAAAGUAAGACUGUUUCCUCAGUGUGUGAGCUGAAGGUGGCACAACAGGAGAGUUCUCCUCUAGUGAAAAUGCACACUGGAAAAAUAGCAGCUGAUGAGAGAGAAAACCGAAAAGAUGAAAAGAAGCCACAAGUUGAUGCUCAGAUCCCUAAAAUGCUUCCAUCUCAUGAUUUGGUAUCUGGAGCGCCUGUUUCAACAGCCUCUAAGAGAGAGGAGUCUCCUCAAAAGAGCUGCACAGAGGAGAAGAGAGACAAGUCCAAGGAGGAUCCACAUGGAGGGAGCCAAGAGGAGGAUACAGAAGGUCCGGAGCCGAUGGUGAACUUGAAGUUUGUGAAGAAUGACUCUUAUGAGAAAGGGACAGACCUGAUGGUUGUUAAUGUCUACAUGAAAGAAAUCUGCCGGCAGACGUCCAGGGUGCUGUUCAGGGAAAAAGACUUCACUCUUGUCUUCCAGACGAGUGAUCCCAACUUUUUGCGCCUUCAUCCGGAUUGUGGACCAAACACUGUCUUUAAAUGGCAGGUUAAACUCAGGAAUCUAAUUCAGCCAGAUCAGUCCAGCUAUGCCUUCACUCCGUCCCGUAUCGACAUCAGCCUGAAGAAAAGACACAGUCAGCGUUGGGGAGGUCUGGAGGCACCUGCCACACAAGAAGUGCUGCAGGUGCGUGAUAAUUCAGAUGCAGGUGCAGUGGGGGGCGCCAAGGUUGCUGUGCCCUCCAGCCCUUCUACUCUUGAAAAGAGCCAGCCAGGAAGCAGCCAGCAUGCACUUCCUGCUAAAGAAGAACCACGAGUGGGAGAGGAGAAAGCCAAACCCCCUCGAGCCCCAGAGGACUCAGGUCUGGAUGCCGUGGCCCCACGCUCAGUCUCCGAACACAUGUCCCUCAAACAGGAACCAACUGUUGUUACGCCCAAGCCCACCUGCAUGGUGCAGCCCAUGACUCACACUCCUCCUGCAGGCAGUGAGAGAGCUGAAGAAGUGGAGGAGAAGAAAGUGUGUCUCCCCGGCUUCACUGGACUGGUCAAUCUGGGAAACACUUGCUUUAUGAACAGUGUGAUCCAGUCCCUCUCCAACACACGGGAGCUCAGGGAUUAUUUCCAUGACCGGGGGUUUGAGUCUGAGAUUAACUGUAGUAAUCCAUUGGGCACGGGUGGACGGCUGGCCAUUAGCUUUGCUGUUCUGCUUCGAGCGCUGUGGAAGGGCACUCACCACGCAUUUCAACCCUCCAAAUUAAAGGCUAUAGUAGCCAGUAAGGCCAGUCAGUUUACAGGCUACGCACAGCAUGAUGCUCAGGAGUUCAUGGCUUUCUUGCUGGACGGGCUGCAUGAGGACCUGAACCGCAUCCAAAACAAACCAUAUACAGAGACCGUUGAUUCAGAUGGCCGUCAGGAUGAAGUUGUUGCAGAAGAGGCGUGGCAGAGGCAUAAAAUGAGGAAUGAUUCCUUCAUUGUGGACCUCUUUCAGGGCCAGUACAAGUCAAAGCUGGUGUGUCCAGUGUGUUCUAAGGUUUCCAUAACCUUUGACCCCUUCCUGUACUUGCCUGUCCCGCUACCUCAAAAGCAGAAGGUGUUGACUGUUUUCUAUUUCGCUAAAGAGCCUCACAAGAAACCAGUCAAGUUUUUGGUCAGUGUGAGUAAAGAGAACUCAAGCACGGCUGAAGUACUGGAGUCAAUAUCUCGCAGUGUGAGGAUCAAACCAGAGAACCUGUGGCUGGCAGAGGUGGUGAAGAACAGGUUCAACAGAAUCUUCUCACCGCCUCAAUCUUUAGACACAGUCUCGCCCAGUGACCUGCUCUUCUGCUUUGAGGUGUUGUCUAAAGAUCUUGCCAAAGAGAGAGUGGUGCUGCUGAAGGUCCAACAGAGACCUCUGGUUCCAAGCAUCCCAAUCACAAAGUGCGCUGGCUGCAUGAAGCCUCCUGCCUCUGAUGACGAGAAGCUCAAGCGCUGUACUCGCUGUUACCGCGUCGGCUACUGUAAUCAGGCCUGCCAGAAGAACCACUGGCCCAAUCACAAGACCACAUGCCGGCCAAAUGUGGAGAACAUUGGACUGCCGUUUUUAAUUAGUGUGCCUGAGUCUAGGCUGACUUGCUCCCGCCUGACACAGCUUCUGGAAGGCUACUCUAGGUACUCUGUCAAUGUGUUCCAGCCACCUUUCCAGUCUGGUCGGACGUCUCCAGAGGCCAGCCUGUCCCAUGUUGACCUGGACUCCAUGGCGAGCAAUGUCUCAGAGUGUCAGGAGCAAGAGGAGGAACUGUCAUCUGCAGGAGAAGCGGAAAACCAAGCGGAGCAGGGUGACUCUGGCACAGCCCCACAAACUGAGUCCGCGUCUGUUAUCUCCGCUGCAGGUGGGGACACUCUCUCCACACACACCAGUGACUCAGGGUGCUGUGAGCUCGCCACCAGCUCCCAAGAUUCUUUGGUGGAGAAAGAAACCUCAUGUGAAAAGGCUAUAAAACCAGAAGCUGUAGUGACCGGGUAUCAGCAGCCUUUUGAGUCAGCCACUGGAAGUGCGUCUCAAUUCUACAUCACAGUUCUGGACUCAAGCCAAAAGGAGGACAGAAAACUUGAGGACAAAGGUGAUGCGAUACUAGAGCUGCCUGAUGACUGCACGCUAGAGCUGGUGUGGAAGAACAACGAGCGGCAGAAGGAAUAUGUGCUGGUCCGCUCUAAAGAGCUGGAGUUUGAUGAAGACCCUGGCUCUGCUACAGAGACAUCCAGGGCAGGACACUUCACCUUAGAGCAGUGCCUGAACCUUUUUACCAAACCUGAGGUGCUGGCCCCUGAAGAGGCAUGGUAUUGUCCUAAGUGUCAGCAACACAGGGAGGCCUCUAAACAGCUGCUGCUUUGGCGUCUUCCCAACGUGCUUAUCAUCCAGCUCAAGCGCUUCUCGUUUAGGAGCUUCAUAUGGAGGGACAAGAUUAAUGAUAUGGUUGAUUUCCCAGUCAGAAACCUGGACCUGAGUAAGUUUUGUAUUGGUCAUAAGGGUGACAUCCAGCAGCCCCCCAUCUAUGAUCUCUACGCUGUGAUCAACCAUUAUGGUGGCAUGAUCGGAGGACACUACACGGCCUACGCUCGUCUUCCCAGCGACAAGAACAGCCAGCGCAGCGACGUUGGCUGGCGUUUGUUUGAUGACAGCACAGUAACAACGGUGGAAGAGAGUCAGGUGGUUACACGUUACGCCUAUGUGCUGUUCUAUCGCCGCAGGAACUCUCCGGUAGAGAGGCCAUCUCACUUACUGGGGCCCCUUGGAGCCGAAUCCUCUGCUGCAGCCGGCGGUGCUGCCAGUCAGGCUUCUAGCCAGAACCUGUUUGGGACAGACCUGGACCCAGACGGACCGCCUCAGUUGAGCACGGAAGUGACCUCUGACAUGUUUGCACACUCUGGAGAAUGUGCCGCCCCGUCCUACAGCAGCAUGGAGGAGGUAGAUUGAAACUUCACCCAGUCAGGGAGACUUGCUAUCUCAAAAAAAAAAAGCAAAAAAGAGAAAAAUAGACAUUAGUACUCACAAGUGGAUCUAGCAUGGCAAAGGUGCUCAAUUUAGUUUUUUGUUUUUUUUACAUUUGCAAUGUGGACAUAAAGGCCACAUUGCAUUUCCAGUGCAAAGACUGUUUGGAAACGGCUGAUUAAAGAUGACAUGCUUAAAGUAAAGACUAAUCCUCCAACACAUUCACAAAUAAUUCUGUUAUUCUGAAAGGUGCACACAUUGAAAUACACUGUCAUAAGAAGAAGCGCACAUGUCUCUAAGGUUUUUUUUUAUGUAUAUAUGUAAUCAUUUUAACAGAAAUUAUGCCAUUCACAAUUUUACAUGGUAGGUUUCUAAUACAAUGUUUAUCUUGCUUGUAUUUACACGAGGUGUUACUUUUGUAAAAAAAAACAAUCGGCGAGUGCGAACAGCAUGGUUGCUUUGGAUGCACAGAAGAGUUUGGUGUUUGUUCUCACUGAAAUGUCUCCUGGCCUGAUGUGUUUCUCUGUAAAGAGUCUGGAGGUGUUGUGUAAAAGUUUUUGCAGGUGUUGUAGGUGAGAUUUUAAGUGUGGACAAGGCAGAUUGUUUGAGGUUUUUUUUUUUUUUUUUUUCUCACACUCAGGCCAUCUCUCAGCUUGAUGUUCUGUUCUUUCUUUCUCAGACAAUCAAGUGAUUGAAAUUCUUUUGUUUUACUCCAUGUCAGAUCCUGUGGAAAUGCAAAAGCUUGAUCGUUUGAGAUGCAUGUUGACCUACAAUAGCCCUAGUACUGUGUAUCAUAUAUCAUCUCUUUUGUUUUUCUAAGUUUUGAGUAUAUUGCUGUUUUCGUGUUGGACUGCAUAGCAAGCAAGCAGGAACUGGGGGAUUUGAUCGUAAGAAUGCUGCUGUGAAUAAAACAAAUGGUUAAUAUAAAUAAAGGCCUUUUUUGUGUAACAACCUUAAA